AUGAUCCAGGCCGGCCAGCGGUACAAGCUCUCGGGCCUGGCCGCGGCGCACCUCAACGGCAAAACGUGCAAGAUUCGGCGGUACGACGAGGAGAAGAAGCGGUGGAUUGUGGACCUGGAUGCGGAUCUCGAGAAGAACAACGAUGCGCCAAAGGCGCUCCGCGCGGAGAACCUCAAGCCCAUCACCGAGCCUCCGCUCGGAGGCCCCUCCACCCCUCCGCCAGCCGCAGCGCAGCCAUCCGUUGCUCCGUCGGCGGUGGCGGGAGGAGGGGGAGGCGCGGCGACGACGCCGACGCAGACGGGCGCGGGGCUCUCAGCGAACGAGCCCACCGAGAUCACGGGCGAAGAGCUCAAGGCGGAGGAGCGGCUCCUCGCCGCCGCUGCAGACGAGGCCGCCGAGAAGGCGCGCGGCUCUACCGCCGAGCAGAUGCUGCGCGACAUGGAGGCGAUGGCGUCCGGCGGGGGGGCGGCUGCGUCGGGCGUGUCGAUCCUCGAGUUUGAGAGGGCGGCCGCCGCCGCAGACGCCGACGGCGGGUUCGGCGAGGGCGGCGCCUCGCAGGAGCCGCCCGCCGCAGACGCCACGCCGCGGGCGCGGCCGCAGUCGCUUUGCUGGGUGUGCUCGGCGGACGCGGAGCUGGACGAGCGGCGUCCGCUCAAGUCGAAGCACGGGCAGAAGCAGGCGGCGGGCGCGUCUGGGUUCACCGGGUGGACCGCCGGCCUCCGCCGCACCGCCGACGCCAGGGCGCUCAAGCAGAUGUACAAGGUGGAGCGGCCGCAGCAAAUCGGCAGGCUGGCGCCGCUGCUGGAGGACGAGGAGACGCUCGAGGAGUCCCUUUCGGGCGACUCGUCGUCCGAGGGCGAGGGCGGGCUCGGCGGAGGCGGAGGGCUUUCCGAGGCGAAGCUGGCGCGCGCGUGGCGGGAGGAGCUCAGGCACGAGGCGGAGGGUGGCCGCCGGCUGGCGCCGCGCGUGCGGAAGGGCGGCCACGACGCCAGGGCGGGCUCGCUGCUGCAAAAGUGCUCGGUCUGCCGCCACCCGUUCUUCGAGUGCGCGCAGGUGUACGCGCACCCGCAGCUCGGCGUCCCCCUCUGCCACUACUGCCACGAGGCGGUGCCGGACGUCUUCCUCUGCGACGCGGCCGGCUGCGGGCGGGCGGUGUGUGAGCGGUGCAUCCGCUCCAACUUGGGAGGCGAGGCGGCCGACGCAGUGCGCGAGGCGGAGCCGUGGCUGUGCUAUGCCGGCGCGGUGACGGUGCUGCCGCGGCUGGCGCGGCAGCUCAAGCCGCACCAGGAGGAGGGCGUCCACUUCUUGUGGGGGGCGUGCUUCGGCUCCAAGCGGGCUGACAAUGCGAAGCGGCGCGAGCACGGGUGCGUCCUCGCGCACUCGAUGGGGCUCGGCGAGACGUUUGGGCGCUUCUACGCGCAGAUGGGGCGCAACGCGGCGGUGGCCGACGGACCGCCGACGGCGCUGGUGCUCGUGCCCAAGAGCGUCGCCACGCAGUGGGAGAGCGAGUUCGGCAAGUGGCUGCUCGACCAGUGCGGCAACCAGGCCGCGAGCAACCCGAGGAACCUCCGCUGGCAAAAGUUCCCCGACGCGGGCGCGCUCAAGCGGUCUCACUCGGGAGACGGGCGCGGCGGCGGGCUCGAGCAGCAGCGGCUGCAGGCGCUGCGCCGCUGGCGGAGGGAGGGCGGCGUGAUGGUGAUGGUGCACGACACGUACCGCUCCGUCCUCUCUUCCGCAAAGAACGACGGCGCGGAGCGGCAGGCGCGGGCGGCCGCCCAGACGGCCGCUGCCGCCGGCAGCGCCUCCGAAGCGUAUGGCGGCACGAACGGUGAGGCCGAGAGGGAGCGAGAGCUGGCGGAGUACCGGCGGCUGCUGCAGGACCCCGGUCCGGACGUCCUCGUGAUCGACGAGGCGCACGUGAUCAAGAAUGAGAAGAACCAGCUGCGCGCGGUCCUCGCCGGCGUGCGCACGAUGCGGCGCGUGUUGCUGACGGGGACGCCGCUCCAAAACAACUUGCGCGAGUACUUCCACAUGCUCGGCGACCUCGACACCUUCAAGAGGCUGUACGAGAGCACCAUCACCGACGGCCAGUUCCGGUACGGCGAGGACGACGACGAGUCGCGCUCGCAAAGGGCAAAGACGCGGCGCGAGGCAAAGAAGCGGCGCAAGGACAUGUCCAAGCGUAUCUGGGCCCUCACGCGCAAGCUCGACAAGCUGGUGCAGCGGCGGGGCGUCGAGGUGCUGCAGCGCGACCUGCCGCGCUCGCAGCAGUACGUGAUGGUCCUGCGGCCGACGCCGACGCAGCGCGCGCUCUACAACGCCAAGGUCGAGUCGAUGGCCGGGCGGCAGCAGCUCUUCGAGUUCAUGACCGACAUGCUCCGCAUCUACAACCACCCCGCGGCCCUCCUCGACCCAAAGACGCUCGCCCCGAACGCCAAGCUCGUGUCGUCGAAGGUCGCGGUGGCGCUGGCGCUGCUGCAGCAGGCGGCGCGCGCGGGCGAGCGCAUCUUGCUCUUCUCGCAGUCGCUCGAGUCCCUCGACGCGCUGCAAAUGGUCAAGCAGUUCAACGCGCGCGACUCUGCGAUCCGGCUCUUCCUCAUCUCGACCAAGGCGGGCGGCCUCGGCCUCAACCUCGCCUCUGCCUCGCGCGUGAUCCUCUUCGACGCCUCUUGGAACCCGUCGUCGGACGCCGUCUUCCGCGCCUACCGCUACGGCCAGCGGCGGACGGUCUACGUGUACCGCCUCAUCGCGCAGGGCUUCGAGGAGUGCCUGUACCGGCAGCAGGUGGUCAAGCUGCAGCUCGCCGGCCACAUCAUCGACGACACGCACGCGGAGGCGAUGUACACCGAGGAGGAGCUCAAGGCGUACUACGCGCCGCUCCCCGCCGUCGACGCGGUUGCCGGCGCGUCCGACGCCUCGCGCCCCGGCGCCGACCUCGCGACCGAGUCGUGGCUGCCCGCGCUCGCGCAGAGCGGCCAGGUCGGCCCGCUCCUCGCGUCCGUCGAAGACCACGACGCGCUGCGGCUCGGCGAGGCAGAGGAGCUGCUCACCGCGAGCCUCGACCAGCCGCGCGACCUCACCUUUUGCGACAAGUGCAACGCGCAGCUGCACAAGCUCUCGUACAAGCAGUUUGGCUACCGCUGCGGCCAGUGCGGCCACGACGGCCUCGUGCCGCCGGCGCCGCCCGUGGUGACGCGCAACGACCCGACCACCAAACUGGCCGUCGAGCCGCGUUCGAUCACCUGGAAGCUGCACGGCGAGUCGGGCGACAAGAGCGCGAUCAAUACCACCGUGCUCGCCACGGGCGGCGCCUACCACGUGCAGUGGCGCGUCGCGCCCGUCGACGAGGAGGGCAAUGCGCUGCAGCUCGGCGAGAACGAGGGGUGGACCGACGCCAAGAAGCCCAUCAGCGGCGGGCGGCUGAUCGCCAAGAAGCAGAUCGACCACACGGUCGCCUACCAGGCCCGCGUGCGCGCGCGCAUGAGCGCCUGCUCGUGCUCGCUCUCGAGCACCCCGCUCGCGUUCGUCACCGAGUGCCGGUGCCCUUGGACGCCGUGGUCGCCUCCGUCCGUCAAGGCGACGCCAACCGCGCCCGACGAGGAGCCGGCGGCGUGA